AGCAAUUCCUCAAUUGUGGGGCGGAUGCUGCCGAUUUGGAAGAGCUUCUGAAAGGGAGUUGUGGAACGAAUGUAUACGUCAUAUACAAAUUACUGAUUGGGUGAGAGAUGCAGGUUCAACGCGCUUGCCCUGCAUCUGCAACCACAAGUCAAGGAGGCUGGCGAUAACAGAAGACGCUUCCACGCUCGUUGCACCUUUGUACGUUAGUUCCAGUCGCUGUGCAUUCGAUUUUUCGAGGCAGACAAGAUGUCAGGCACAGACAAAGCGCCGGCGAUGCGCGUUGCGGUCAUUGGCGCAGGUCCUGGAGGGUUAACAACACUCAAGACGUUACUCGAGGCAUCUACGCCCGCGCGGCCGAUCGAGGCUGUACUUUUCGAAGCUGAAGAAGGUAUAGGAGGUACUUUCCAGUAUCGGUCGUAUGAAAACGCAGAGCUGGUCUCGUCGAAGCAAUUAACAACCUUCUCUGAUCAUCGGUUCCCUCUUUCUGCUCCAGAUCACAUCUCUCUGCCUCAAUAUGUCGAAUACCUUCGAUCAUACGUGGAUCGCUUUGCGCUUGCUCCUCUUAUCACGCUUGGGUGUCCAGUGACUAGCAUCGCACCGCUGGAAAAGUCCUCUAACUCCAAAUGGAAACAUCGAGUCAAGUAUGUGGACAAGAAGAAUGACAACAAAGAGCGUACUUUCGACUGCUCCCAUGUCGCCAUCUGCACAGGCCUUCAUGUAGAGCCGAAUGUACCAUCCAUACCUGGCAUUGAGCACCUUAAAGGACAAGCCUUUCACUCGUCGCAAUACAAGGGGCGCGCUCAGCUCACAGGUCAAGACGUGCUGAUCAUGGGUUGUGGAGAGACGGGCAUGGAUGUUGCCUAUGAGGCUAUCAAAGCUGACGCCAAAUCGGUCACAAUGUGCUUUAGGACCGGUUUCCUCUCCUUUCCCAAAGCCCUCUCCCGCUUCAAGAUUUUUGGCAAAGAGUUCAAAGGUGGUCUGCCGAUCGAUGGACUCAUCACCAACUUGUUUGAAACUGCUUACGUCCAUAGCGCGGUUGCUGCAAGUCGCAUGCGCUGGUUCGUGUCUGACUUCGUUAUCAAGCGUGUGCUGUGGUUCCUCACAGGUACACAAGCUGGUAUGAACCAGCACGUUGGUGCUCUGCCUCACGACCGCUUAGGCAGAGCGUUCGUUUUCCUGAACAAGAGUAGUAAAGCAAUGCCUUACCUGAAUCGCCCGUACCAGGAGAAGCACCCUCUCGGCUUUCUGGGCAACGGCUACGUAGAUCCUCCGGAGGAUGCGCAGUCGAAGAGAUGGGUGGACACAUGUACGUUCCCAGAACGCAUUGAUGAAACUGGAAGAGUCGUCUUCCAAAAGAACACGGAACGCAAGGACUGGCGGCGGAUGAAGGACGCUGAAGUCAGGCCAACUUGUGUGGUAUACUGCACUGGCUACAAGCAGUCGUUCUCAUACCUCGAUCCUUCGUACAGUACUGCUUCGGAUGCCACGGUCCGCAACAUCGUCGCUCCCAACGAGCCAAGCGUUGCAUUCAUUGGCUUCGUUCGCCCAGGUGUAGGCGCUAUCCCACCUAUCGCCGAACAGCAAGCGAUGUGGUGGACAGCAUUGAUGACCGGACGCAUGAAGAUGCCAACCGAUACUCCACACUACCACCUUCUUGCGCCCAGCACCGCACGGAUCCGGUAUGGAGUCGAUCACAGCGCAUACAUGAGCACUCUUGCAAAAGAUUUUGGUGGAGCACCUGGCUUAGUUGAGCUGUGGCGCACUUAUGGGUUGAAGGUGCUGCUCAUCUAUUGCUUCGGCGCCAGUUUUGUUACGUUCUACAGGCUCACUGGGCCUUUUAAGAGCGAGGCUGCGCCUGGGAUAGCAAAAACGGAGUUGGCUGAGACCAUCAUGCGAAGGGGUCUACUCGGCAACCUCUUCUUCGGACUGAUACCCAUGAUCUUCUAUGGUCUCAUCAACGCCGCUGCUUUGCUCCUCGAAACACUCCACCUCCUGCCGCGCGAAAAGGCUGCUAUAUAGAGUCCAUGUAAUCUUUAGUCAAGAAGCAAGUUAUAGCGCUGUUUUCGAUGCUCUUAUCUCGAUCACGACCCGUGACCUAACGCCAGUUGAUGAAGCUUGCCGAGCAG